AUGUCGGAGCAAAGUCAGCACUUUGAGACCCUCCAGCUCCACGCUGGUCAAGAACCAGACCCAACAACCAACUCCCGCGCGGUCCCAAUCUACGCAACAACAUCCUACACAUUCAAUGACUCCGCCCACGGCGCACGGCUCUUCGGCCUCAAAGAAUUCAGCAAUAUCUACAGCCGAAUAAUGAAUCCAACUGUCGACGUUUUUGAAAAGCGCAUCGCAGCUCUAGAAGGCGGCAUCGCAGCCGUAGCCGCCUCAUCAGGGCAGGCAGCGCAAUUCAUGACCAUUUCUGCUCUCGCGCACGCAGGCGAUAAUAUUGUUUCAACAACCAAUUUAUACGGGGGUACAUAUAACCAGUUUAAAGUUCUAUUUCCUCGACUUGGGAUUACUACGAAGUUUGUUCAGGGUGAUGAUCCGUCUGAUAUUGCGAAGGCAAUUGAUGAGAAGACUAAGGCUGUUUAUGUGGAGAGUAUUGGGAAUCCGAGAUACAAUGUUCCUGAUUUUGAGGCUAUUGCGAAAGUUGCUCAUGAUAAUGGAAUUCCAUUGGUGGUCGAUAACACCUUCGGAGCAGGUGGAUACUUUGUCCGUCCAAUUGACCACGGCGCAGACAUAGUCGUUCACAGCGCAACAAAAUGGAUCGGCGGCCACGGCACAACAAUAGGCGGCAUAGUAGUUGACAGCGGCAAAUUCGACUGGGGCAAGAACGCCGCUAAAUUCCCACAAUUCGUCGAGCCCUCGGAGGGAUACCACGGACUGAAGUUCUGGGAAACGUUUGGACCAGCUGCAUUUGCUAUUCGUGUCCGUGUGGAAAUCCUACGAGAUCUCGGAUCAGCUCUGAACCCAUUUGCUGCCCAGCAGUUGAUUCUGGGUAUUGAGACAUUGAGUCUGCGAUCAGAAAGACAUGCUACUAAUGCUCUUGCUCUGGCUAAAUGGUUGCAGAAGAAUGAGCACGUUAGUUGGGUUUCGUAUUUAGGUCUGGAGGAUCAUCCUUCACAUGCUACGGCGAAGAAGUAUCUUCCUCGGGGAUAUGGUGGAGUGUUAUCUGUUGGUGUUAAGGGUGGAGCUGAGGCUGGUAGUCAGGUUGUUGAUGGGUUCAAGCUCAUUUCUAAUCUUGCUAAUGUUGGAGAUUCCAAGACCUUGGCUAUUCAUCCUUGGUCUACUACCCAUCAGCAGCUUACUGAUCAAGAGCGCUAUGACUCUGGGGUGACCGAGGAUGGAGUCCGAAUUUCGGUUGGCACGGAGCAUAUCGAUGAUAUCAUUGCUGAUUUUGAACAGUCUUUCCGUGCAUCUAAGGCCGCGGUACCUGAUCGCACUGCUUAA